UUUAAGUGUAGAGAAAAUAUUAUUUGAAAGUAAUUUUUUUGCGGAAAAAAGUGAACGUUUAAAAAGAUAUGUUCAUUUUUUUAUUUGUUAAACAGUUAACAUUUCUAACUGAAAGUAAUUAUUGACCGUAAGCCGGCCAGACUCGAAUGAUAAACUAUACUGACCUGGAUCAAUCGAACCUUAGUUCUUACUACAGAAAUAUGCAUUUUGAAAUUUAAAUAUUUUGUAUUCGAUCGAUAUUUUCUCAUUUAUGUCAUAAGAAUUCACCGUAAAGAUGUUGUGUACGAGAGAAUAUUUGCUGUUUUUCGUGGCAGUGUUUAGUUUACUGUUAUCAAAUGUUUUUUGUGAUUCUCAUCUAUAUCAGCCACAUGAGACCGAAGUGAUACAUAAUUCACAUUUACCACUUCAACCUGAAUUGGUGAGAGUGUUCGAAAACUGUCACAAAAAGUCCGGCACAUUCGAUCUCUGUAUAAAGAAUGCAUUCAACGAGCUAAGAGUAUACUUCAAAAGUGGUUUCCCCAACAUUCAUAUCGCUCCGUUCGAUCCACACAAAUCGCCACACGUGGAGCAAAGACGCGGAACUACGUUUGCAAGUGGAAGUGGCUAUCGAUUGAUUCUAAGGCAUGUUUCGGAAUACGGAUGGACGAAUUCCAAAGUCACGAAAUAUAGAACGGAUUUUGAAAACAAUCGAAUAAUCUACACACAAGAAUUUCCUGAAAAGAGCCUUGAUGGUGAAUACGAAUUCAAGGGUUUGAUGUUCGGAAGACCAUUUGUAACAAAGGGCAUUUGGAAUAUGACACUCUAUGACUAUGCUCAAACAACAAGUGUUACUCGGGUUGGAGGACCGGGUGGAUUGCUAAAAGUGCGUGUCGAAAUUGAUAAAUUGGGCGAUUUAAAGUUGAAAAUUUCCGAUUUAUUUGGCGGACGAAAAGUCAUUGAAAGCACAGCGGAUUUUCUUAUAAAUAAUAUGUGGAGACCCGGAUUUCCAUUUGUUCGACCAUUAAUCAAUGACUUAGUUAGUACAGCAUUCACAGAUAUUUUCAAUGAAUCAUUCAGAUAUUUUCCAGUAGAUGAUUACAUAAAAGAGUAAUCCAUUUAGAUUUGUAUGUAUAUAUUUUGUAAAUACUUUGUCAAUUUAGAAGCCAUUCUUUCAUUCAUGAACAUUUAGAA